AUGGUCCGUAGCACAACAGGUACUUCAGCAGGCUUCACAAUAGCCGAAGGAGUUCAUCAAGGGUCGGCUCUCAGUCUACUUCUCUACACAACACUAAUAGAUGUAUUAGCACAGUCUAUACAAACAGUCCCAUGGAAUAUGAUAUUUGCAGAUGAUAUUGUGAUACUGGCCGAAUCCAAAGAAGAAAUGAAAGAAAGAUUAGUGAGCUGGAUAAAUCUCCUAGAAAAACACGGACUAAAGGUAAAUAGAGAAAAGACGGAGUAUAUGGUGAUAGGAGGAGAUGAAACAGAGAGCAUUGAUAUAAAUGAAUGGCAGAUAUCGGCAAUUGAAAGCUGCAAAUAUUUGGGCUCCCCUAUACAAACAAACGGCACAAUACAGAAAGAGAUAGAGAGUAAACUUAAUGAAGGGUGGUUAAAGUGGAGAUCUUUAUCUGGAGUGCUCUUUGACAAAAGGAUCCCACACAAAUUGAAGGGAAAAAUUUACAGUACCAUAGAUCAAUAUUCACAGAUACCUGUUGUAGCUAUCGAAAAUGUAAAAGGUCAAUCAAUUUAG